AUGGCUUCAGCAAAUGUAGCUCCUGCAUCUGGUACUAGAGAACCCGGUGGAAAUACUGCUGGUCUAGAUAGGUUACCCGAUGAGAUGGAUGAUAUGAAGCUUAGGGACGACAAGGAUAUCGAACCAACUUUUGUAGACGGUAACGGCACAGAAACUGGCCAUAUAAUUGUGUCAACAAUUAGUGGUAGAAAUGGGCAGCCAAAGCAGACGGUAAGUUAUAUGGCUGAGCGUAUAGUGGGACAGGGAUCUUUUGGAGUAGUGUUUCAGGCAAAAUGUUUAGAGACGGGUGAAACUGUUGCAAUUAAAAAGGUUCUUCAAGACAAGAGGUACAAGAACCGUGAGCUACAAACUAUGCGUCUCAUAGACCACCCUAAUGUUGUGUCUUUAAAGCACUGCUUCUUUUCAACAACUAAGAAGGAUGAGCUUUACCUCAACUUGGUAUUGGAGUAUGUUCCUGAGACUGUUCAUAGGGUGAUUAGACAUUAUAGCAAGAUGAACCAGAGAAUGCCAAUGAUAUAUGUCAAAUUGUAUGCUUAUCAGAUUUUUAGAGCACUGGCUUACAUCCAUGGUAGUAUUGGGGUAUGUCACAGGGACAUUAAGCCUCAAAAUGUACUGGUUAAUCCACAUACUCAUCAGUUGAAACUAUGCGACUUUGGAAGUGCAAAAGUCUUGGUUAAAGGAGAGCCAAACAUUUCAUAUAUAUGUUCUAGAUAUUAUCGGGCUCCAGAACUGAUAUUUGGUGCAACAGAGUACACUACCGCCAUUGACAUCUGGUCUGCUGGAUGUGUAUUGGCUGAGUUAUUGCUGGGACAGCCCCUUUUCCCUGGUGAAAAUGGAGUGGAUCAGCUUGUUGAAAUUAUCAAGGUUUUGGGCAGCCCAACAAGGGAAGAGAUAAAAUGUAUGAACCCCAAUUACACGGAGUUCAAAUUCCCACAAAUUAAAGCACACCCAUGGCACAAGAUAUUUCACAAGCGCACGCCCCCAGAAGCUGUGGAUCUUGUGUCAAGGCUUCUGCAGUAUUCUCCAAAUCUACGAAGCUCUGCUUUAGAGGAUUUUUUCAUGCAGUUGGAUGCUUUGAUCCACCCCUUCUUUGAGGAGCUACGUGAUCCAAAUACACGCCUGCCAAAUGGACGUUUUCUUCCUCCAUUGUUCAACUUUAAGCCAUAUGAACUCAAGGGUGUGUCAGUGGAGUUGCUGGGGAAGUUGAUUCCAGAGCAUGCAAAAAAACAAUGUGCAUUCCUUGGUCUGUGA